UCGUAUCACUUCACGAUUAUCGUGGUUGGUGAAGUGGUACUCGCGAUAUCAAAGGAGAUUGUAUCUCUUGUGAGUCAGUUAAGUUCAGAGGACAAGAACGUCGUGUAUCAAUAUAAUGUCUAAUAUGUCGGAAGACGUACUGGCAAACAGUACAUAUGAUGCUUGGGAUGCGUCUUCUAGUUCCAAACGAGUUUACACAGCUGUCAUGUUUAUUAUCCUAUCGAUUGGAUUUUUUGGGAACGUAAUGACGAUUAUUGUAUUUCUGCAAAGARAGCAGCGAGCUAAAGUGAUCGCACCGUUUGUCAUCAACCUGGCUGUCGCAGAUCUUUUUAUUGUGCUGUUUGGAUACCCCGUCGCCAUUACCGCUAAUUUGUCAGGCAUGAGACUUGUCUCUGGUGAAUCCCGAUGUACGUGGUCAGCAUUCGUGAACGGUGCAACAGGCAUUGCAUCUAUUGCAAUGUUAACUGAAAUAAGCGUAUUAAUGUGUUAUAGCAUCACUUUAAUGACACCAACUCUUAAUACAUCAGAGUUAACUUCCAAAAGGUUUAAAAUAUUGGUCUUAGCUGGCGCGUGGAUCUACGGGAUUCUGUCGAUGAGUCCUCCAUUGCUUGGCUGGAGUCGAUUCGUUCCCGGUGCGGCGGGAAUCAGUUGUGGUCCACACUGGUCUUCAAAUGAGAUCCAGGGGUUGACGUACAACAUUGGACUGGUGAUCGUAGGUUUUUUCCUGCCGGUCAUGAUAAUCCUGAUCAGCUACUGGAAAAUGUACAGGUGUCUAUCAGUAAGUUCCAUUCUAUCCCGCCAAGAAGCCCUCAUACGGCGAAGACGCCAUUCCCAGUUUAAAGUAGCUCGUAUGAUAGGAGUAGCAGUAUUGGCAUUUCUCGUCAGUUGGUCCCCAUAUUGCAUCGUUAGUCUCAUGGCUAUCUUUAAAAAAACUUACAUCCUAGUCGACGGUGAAGCUGAAAUCCCUGAGCUGCUGGCCAAGGCAUCGGUGAUAUAUAAUCCCAUUGUUUAUGCGGUGAUGAAUGCUGGCUUCAGAAGGACAUUAAAACGACUUCUCAGACACCGCUCAUGUUACAGAGGGAGAGAGGAUAGCCAAACAAUUCCAGAUAAUGUAACCACAAAAUUUCACCUCGUUAGAAUGAGUAAUCAGCUGCAAACAGUCCAAACAAGCAGCGAGGGCAGCCCAAUGUUUAAACGAAGCAGAGAAAACAUGCACAAACUGAUUUCAGACGAGAAAUCAUGCAUGGAUCAGAACUAAUGUGGAAUAGCAGGACUUCGUCUCGCUCUCUGCUUUGGUUUGUCUGUUCGUCAUUCACUCUAAUAGUCCACAAACGUUCACCUCCGGUUAGAGUUGGUAUAGUCAAACAAACGUAGAACAGAGUGUCCCAAGCAAACAGGGAAAGUCUAGCUUUUGCUCAAUCUGAUUAUUAAAAGGCAAGAAACCGUGGACAGACUCUGUUCCGGCUCUGCCGUUGCGUUUUUGUAAAUGCGUCGACGGACUAUUCAUUCUAAUCAAGCUCUUCACAGAUUCCCCUAAAGCUAGUGCUUUUAAAAAGUGUAAUUUCCAACGUUUUUAAAGAUGUCAGUCAUCGACUAUGAAUAAGAUAAAUGGCCGUUAUUUCAAAGACGGAAAAGACACGGCUCCUUGUAAUACUGAGAUGUAAUCAUAAUUUGAAUUGUUGAUGCUUACGGAGGAAGAAAACCCGGCGGAAGCCUCGGCGAAAAACCCUCAGCCGUAUGGGAGAGAACAACAYAUCGAACAAACUCAACUCACGUACUGGGCUCCGCACGAGGGGCUCAAAACACGGCGACUCCUUGCACCAAAGACCUGAAUUGGGACGACGCCUUAGCAGCGUAGCAUGAUCACCCAUGCUACCCAUGCUGUACUCUUAUACGAGUCCAAUGACAUUUGUGGUAUUCAAAGAGUUAUCAAGAAUUUUUCUUGUAGUUGUUAAUGACUAGCCUCCUCCGCAGACAUCUCCUAGGCUCUUUUUGAUCCUUGGGCUUCCUGUGGCGAGGACAAAAAAUGCGCUUUUUUCCUCCCUCCCUCGUCCCCCCUCCUCUCUCGUCCCUAGUUCUUCUCUGCCAUGAAAUUUAGCACAGUGACCCCAACAAAGGAUAUAUGGGGUAGCUUGCGGAUCGGACAAGGAGGAGGCUAGUAAAUGACAUUUUAAAAUAUUCUAUUUAAACCGAACACGACACUAAAUUCCAGGUGUAUUGGGAGGAGUCUGAGGGCCCGUACAUAUGUCAACUUUCGCCCACAAUGUGAACACGACCUUCAACGAUGCACGCAGCUAAAAAUUUGCACUGCACCAUGUGUCCGACUCUGAAACGGUUGCGAGCAUCUAAGAAAUGUCAUUUAUUUCUCGUCCACAAGCAGCAGGGAAUCAGUAUUCAGGCUUCCUAGUCAGAGGGUCGUGUUUGAAUUUUUGUCCACAAAGGCCCGCUCCUACGGAGUACAAUUAACGAUAAUUGAACUCUUCUCGACCAAUCAGAAUCGAGUAAUUUAGUUGAGUGUACUAUAUAAAUAACCAUUCAUUUCUUAUAUUGCACCUGUUCCAUAUAUAUAAUGAUCAUAAGCGCAUUACAAUA